AUGUUUGUGAUGGUGCAUCAGGACACACCCUUGACAAAAGGAAAGCAGAAAAAUGCUUUGAACAAAAAAGCAUUGGAUGACCUGGGGGAGCUAAGCCUGAAAGAAAGAAUCAAGAAAGCCACAGAAGGAGCUGAGACUGCAGAAGAGGCAGUGCUAGCAUUGAAAAAACAAUUGACCCCCAAGGAGCAGCAAAGUGCAUGGUCCAAAAUGAAAACCAAAAUGAAAAAUGACCCAGCAGAAGCAAAGAAGGUGGAAAACAUGUCCAAGAAGGAAAUUGGCAUCUAUGCCACCAUGUGCCUCUUGAAGGCUGAGGCUCCCAAGUUCAUGGCCUUAAAGCAGGAGUUGAACUCAGGUGUCUCCUUGACAAAAGGAGAAACAUGGGAGUCAGAACUUCAGAUGCUGCAGAAAUUUGGCCAGAGAAGAGCUGGAGCUUCACUUGGCCUCUGGUCGAGUGAAGAAUAUGAAGCUGAGAAUGAAGAAGCUUGGGACAGCCACUUCACCAAGGACCUCAGCAGCCACCUUCUGGAACUGGAAGGCAAAGGGAAGGGCAAAGCCUUGACAAAAGGAAAGCCAGCCUCAAAGGGAAGGGGCAAAGGCAAAGCCAGAGGACAGCCUCAACUGGCUUUGGAAGAUGGUGACCCCAAUGAGGAUGAUGACAAUGAUGAUAAGACAGAGGACCAGGAGUGGUCCACAUGCUUGACAAAAGCAAGGAAAGCCAGGGACCUCUUGGUGAGCAGCCAGGCCAAUCUGCAGGAGGAUAUGGCAAAAGCUGCCAGCUGCCAAAGGCUGAGCAAGGGCACCAAGAAGGAUGCAGACACACUGCUCAGCAAAGCCCAAGCAAUGGAGAAGAAGUGCAAAGACCUCUUGCUCAAGGGGAAGAAAGCUCUUAGCUUGACAAAAGCUAAAGGUCUGAUCCAGGAUGCCACCACACUGAGCAAGGAGCUGAAGGAUCAGAAGAAGGAGAUCUCAGUUGUGGCAAACAAAGCCUACUCCAAGGCAGGAACAGCCAAGUGA